GGCGCCAAUGUACGGGAAUCCUUGUUUAAAAGCCAUAAGCCAAUCCCCAGAAGAAGAACAAGCGGCGGUAGCAGCAACAACAGGAUACACCUGAGUUUCGGCGGCGCCCGUAACUGUUAUUACCUUUACUUGAACAACCUUCACGCACUGUACAGAACAAAAUAAAAAUCAUGCUUCUUCGUAAGGUGAGCCAGUCCUCCGCCCUUUGUGGUAACAUUCUCAGGAUUCCGCCCGUGCUAGCACGAGGUCAGCCUCAGGCUGUGGUGUCCGUGUCCAACCCUCGUCUGUACGCCAGCCAGGCAGCUCAGGCGGUUCUGGAAAAGCCCGCCGCUGUCGGCGCCGAUGCUGCCCCAAAACUGGAAAAGAAGGCCGCCACUGCCGAAUCCAAAUCGUUCGCCGUCAACAUGUUUAAGGGCCAGAUCGCCACGUCUCAAGUCUUUCCCUUCCCUAAAGCGCUCAACGAGGAGCAGGAACAGUUCCUGCGUGAGCUCGUCGGGCCCGUCUGCAAGUUCUUUGAGGAAGUGAACGACCCCGCCAAGAACGACGCCCUGGAGAAAGUGGAGGACCACACCAUGGAGGGCCUGAAGGAGAUGGGGGCUUUUGGGCUGCAGGUGCCGGGCGACCUGGGCGGCCUCGGCCUGUCAAACACCCAGUACGCUAGGCUGGUGGAGAUCGUUGGCAGCCAGGAUCUGGGCGUCGGCAUCACUCUGGGGGCGCACCAGUCCAUCGGCUUCAAGGGAAUUCUGCUUUUCGGAAACAAAGCCCAGAAGGAGAAGUACCUCCCCAAACUCGCCACAGGUGAAAACAUCGCCGCCUUCUGUCUGACGGAACCAGCCAGCGGCUCGGACGCCGCCUCCAUCAAGACCACAGCUGUCCUGUCUCCCUGCGGUCAGUACUACACCAUGAACGGCAGCAAGAUCUGGAUCAGCAAUGGAGGUUUGGCAGAAAUCUUCACUGUGUUUGCAAAGACGCCUGUGAAGGAUCCAAAGACUGGGGAGAUGAAAGACAAGAUCACAGCUUUUAUUGUGGAGAGGAGCUUUGGAGGAGUCUCCCACGGUCCUCCAGAGAAGAAGAUGGGCAUCAAGGCGUCCAACACCGCCGAGGUCUACUUCGACAACGUCCGGGUGCCGGCCGACUGCGUGCUGGGCGAGGUGGGCGGAGGCUUCAAGGUGGCCAUGAACAUCCUGAACAACGGGCGCUUCGGGAUGGCGGCCGCCCUCUCCGGCACCAUGAAAGGCGUGAUUUCCAAAGCUGUGGAUCAUGCGGCGAACAGAACCCAGUUUGGCAACAAGAUCCACACGUACGGAGCCAUCCAGGAGAAGGUGGCCCGCAUGACCAUGCUGCACUAUGUCACAGAGUCCAUGGCCUACAUGAUCAGCGGGAACAUGGACAGCGGAGCCGCAGAGUUCCAGAUCGAAGCGGCCAUCAGCAAGAUCUUCGCCUCUGAAGCGGCGUGGACCGUGACAGACGAGGGCAUCCAGAUUAUGGGCGGCAUGGGUUUCAUGAAGGACUCCGGAGUGGAGCGGGUGAUGAGGGAUCUGAGGAUCUUCCGAAUUUUCGAGGGCACAAACGACAUCCUCCGGCUUUUCGUGGCUCUAAAUGGUUUCCAGAAUGCCGGCAACCACCUGAAGAGUUUACAGAAAGCCCUGAAGAAUCCCAUCGGGAACGCCGGCCUUCUCGCAGGAGAGAUCACAAAGAGAGCCAAAAGAAAGGCGGGUCUGAGCACGGGGCUGACGCUGCAGGGAAGCGUGCAUCCCGACCUGGCUCAGAGCAGCGAUCUGACGGUUAAAGCCAUCGAGGAAUUCGGAGCGGUCAUCGAGCAGCUGCUGGUGAAACACGGCAAGAAGAUCAUCGAUGAGCAGUUUGUUCUGAAGAGGGUUGCAGACUGCGCCAUUGACCUGUACGCCAUGGUGGUGGUCCUGUCCAGGGCUUCCCGCUCCCUGAGUCAGGGGCUGCCGUCGGCUCAGCACGAGAAGAUGCUGUGUGAGACCUGGUGCUCGGAGGCUUACGACAGAAUCCUGCACGACAUCAAGUUCCUGCGCUCCGGUCAGUCCAAGCAGACCUUCAACAACAUGCGGGCCAUCUCUGCCGCCGUGGUGGAGAACGGGGGCGUGGUCUCUCCUCAUCCUUUGGGUUUUUAAAUGCCUAAUUUUAUCACACUUUUGUUCAUAUGUCCCACCCCCUCUCAGUAUUCUUGAGUCUGGUCAGACUGUGGAGCAUCGGGGUUUCCUUACCCCGCCGUACCACAUUCAGCUUCCAAUAAACAAGGCGGAGCGAUGAAAAGACGCCAUUUUCACACACAGAAGCUAUGACCUCCUGUUGUGUUUCAGCUGUCAUCAAUUUACUGCGUGUUUUCUUAUUUGUCGUUUAUUUAUUUAAAUCCGCCUUCGUCUAAAAACGAGCCCGAAUAUCAGAUCGUAAACGGGCCGCUUACUGACUGUAGCUAAGAAUUUCUGGAUUCUGAAAAAUGUUAUGAUGCCUUUUUUUUUUUUUAAUUUAACACACACGACACGAUCAAUGCAACUCUGAAAGUAGAAACUGAUAAAAAAGUAAGGGGGACGGAUUGUAUCUUUGCUUUAUGUACAUAAAUGCCUUUAAGCUCACGGUAACCCUUAGAAACGGCGUGAUGGGGCGCCGGGCUGAAUGAAACCAUAACGUGAGGUGCUAAUGUUUCUUUAGAAGCUCACACGUCUGUAAAUGUAGUCUCCAAAUUUGCCAUUAAUCUAGUAGUUUUAGGGAAUGAAGCACUUAAUCUUGUGAUUAAAUCUAAGGAUUAUUAUCAUCUGUGUAUAUAUUUGAAAACCUGUUGCUUUUAGGAGAUCACUCAAUACUUGUUGAACUUUUUCUUUUGUCAAAGUUACCUUCUAAAGUUGAACGUUUCUAAGUUCAUAUAUUUGGAGUCGAUUCUGGCAAUAAAGUUGAUUCAAGUGUUA